CGAAGAAGAAGAAGCCGCGUAGACACGGAAACGUAUAAGGAAGAAGAUACAGAAACAUGGACGGUGUCUGGGUGGGAGUCUGCUGAGACCAGGUCCAGUAUGGAGAGUCCGGAGCUGAGCUUCACUCUGGCCUACGUGGUCUUCUGUCUGUGUUUCGUGUUCACGCCUAACGAGUUCCGGUCUGCCGGUCUGACCAUCCAGAACCUGUUCUCGUCCUGGCUGGGGAGCGAGGAUGUGGGCUUCGUCCAGUACCACGUCCGAAGGACCAGCGUCACUGUGCUGGUCCACUCCGCUCUGCCUUUAGGUUACUACAUGGGGAUGUGUAUUGCUGCUCCAGAGAAAAACCUGGGAUACAUUUACCAGGUGAGUGAGAGCUGGAUAGCCUUCCUCCUCCUCUCUCUCUGCCUCCAGUUGGCUAGCUGGAUGCUCGUCAUCUACUGGUCCCGCUGUCACUGGCACAACCAUCCGGUGAGCCGGGCCCUGCAAGCCCACGUCCGGUCUCCUCACUCCAGCUGGGGCUCGGUGGCAGCCAACAUCAACACGGAGUUCAGACGCAUAGACAAGUUUGCUACAGGAGCACCAGGAGCCAGAGUCAUCGUGACUGACUCCUGGGUGUUAAAGGUGACCACCUAUCACGUCUACAUGGCCUUACAGAGUGAAUGUCAUGUGACAGUGACAGAGUCCAGGCAGCACCAGCUGAGUCCAGACUCGGCCUCCCCUGCACAGAUCUUGACCCUGAGAGUGGACAGCAUCAACCCUGCCAUCAGAUCCUUUGAUAUCAGGCUCAACUCCACAGAAUAUGCGGAGCUCAGGGAGAAGCUUCAUGCUCCCAUCAGAAACUCUGCCAAUGUAGUGAUCCACCAGACCAUCAGUGAGCUCUUCCUGGAUACAUUCAGAGCUCAGGUGGAGCUCAAUCAACCAUACACGCUCCCCACCAGACAGGAGAUAGAGCCCUGUAUUGGCUGUAUGCAGAUUCCAGCAAACACCAAGCUGGUCCGACUCUGCCACACUGAAGGAGCUGAUAACGAGUCCGACUGUCAGGAGUGUUUCUGCAGACCCAUGUGGUGUCUGUCCUGUCUGGGUCGAUGGUUCGCCAGCCGCCAAGACCAGCAAAGACCUGAGACCUGGUUGUCCAGCAGAGUCCCCUGUCCUACCUGUAGAGCCAAAUUCUGUAUAUUGGAUGUCUGUGUGGUUCACUGACACACACACACACACAGAUCCAAACUGACUCUGCCCUCUGAUAAUCAGGAGGAGGUGUGGUUUUACACAGCAUUCAGACACAGACCUGUGGAGGAGGAGGAGUGGACAGGACUGGUCAGAGCUCCGAUGUGUACCUGCUUAUUCUAUGUUUUCUAUAAGAGUGAUCAUUUAGAGGAAUGAAAUAUCAUUAUAAAUGUUGAAGCUCAACAUAAAGUGCAAUGAUCAGUGUGAUAUUCUUUACCCACAGUCAGAUAAAGGCUUGCAGUUAAUUUUCUUAA